GCGGUGAUUUUCUCUUCCAAAUGCCGGACUCGUAGCAGCAGACGUGCAAUGCUCGGUCCGGAGUGCAGCUCACCAUAUCAGUUUGGACUAUGGCGUGCUUAGGUUCUGUGCGGUUGUGUGCUCGGGUGGAAAAAUUGUGUCAGAUUGGCCAAAAUGCUCAAGUGCGAAGAAAAGCAUCGAGUGUUAAGCUCAAACAAUUUGUGGAUCUACCCCUUACCAGGAGUGCUGUGAAAAGUUGUCAGACGGCCGUUCCCGGCAGCCGCCUGCUCAGCUCCGUGCGGUCGCAGCAGCCUGGAUCGCUACCCGAGUACCGCGUCGACCCCUACCAGCUCGUGGACGACGACCUCAAGAACGUGCACUUCGACAUCCAGGAGGAACUCCGGCGCCACACCAGCCAUGACGAGCUGUACACCAUCGCCCAGUACUACUUCGACGGGCAGGGCAAGUGCCUGCGACCCAUGCUGUGCCUGCUGCUCAGCCACGCCCUCAACUUCCACAUCCACAAGAAGGACAAGCCGCUGCCGGAGGCGCAAAGGAGAGUGGCCAUGAUCUCCGAGAUGGUGCACUCGGCCUCCCUCAUCCACGACGACGUCAUCGACUGCUCCGACUUCCGGCGCGGCAAGCCCAGCGUCAACGUGCUGUGGAACCACAAGAAGGUGGCCAUGUCCGGCGACUUCAUCCUGGCCGUGGCGUCCAUCCUGAUCGCCAGGAUCAACAACGACGACGUCACCAUCUGCCUGGGACAGGUGCUGACGGACCUGGUGCAGGGCGAGUUCAUGCAGCUCGGCUCCAAGGAGACGGAGAACGAGAGGUUUACCCACUACCUGACCAAGACGUACCGCAAGACCGCCAGCCUGAUCGCCAACUACCUCAAGGCGGAGUCGAUGCUGGCCGGCGCGGACGAGGGCCUCACGGAGCUGGCCUUCCAGUACGGCCGCAACGUGGGGCUGGCGUUCCAGCUCGUGGACGACCUGCUGGACUUCGUGGCCUCGUCCUCCGCCCUGGGCAAGCCCGCCGCGGCCGACCUCAAGCUGGGGCUGGCCACGGCGCCCGUGCUCUUCGCCUGCGAGAAGUACCCGGAGCUGAACGCCAUGAUCAUGAGGCGGUUCCAGGAGCCCGGCGACGUGGAGCACGCCUUCGAGCUGGUGCACAAGUCCCAGGGCCUGGAGCAGACCCAGUUCCUGGCGCGCAAGCACUGCGUCGAGGCGCAGCGGCUGGCGGAGCGGAUCGCCGAGUCGCCCUACCAGAAAGGGCUGCUGGUCGUGACGGACCUGGUGCUCAACAGGAUGAAGUAGUUUGCGAAGCGCCAAGCGCGAAGCGUGCCCCUGGACUGUGUUGUGUAGUGUGGGCCCGGUCCCCCGGUCCCCCGGUCCGCUGGACCGUACAGAGCAAAGAAGCACGCCCCUCCCCCGCCUCUCCCCUUUCCCUUGCCAAGUUUAGACGUUUAGAGUCUAGACCACCCGGGGAAGUCCCUGGAGAGCUGUCGCAGCUGCCAGCGCUUCCGCAGUGGCGCGCUAGCGUCCGUCGGACCGGGUUCGAUUCCAGUCGGAGUAAAACGAGCGAAACGGCAGCCGGGCCGUGGGCGCAGGGAGUAGCUGGUGGUACGGAGUAGGCCAAGCUUGUGUACAUACUUAAUUGUACGGUGUUGCUGAUGUGAGGUAGCCUUUUGAGGGUUACCACAUUUACAGGGCAAAUUUAAUUUAAAUUUAUUCCGUCCAUUUAACUGCAAGCAAAAUUUGUUAACGACACCAGCAGGCAAGCUGGGUGAGUGUAGUGUUGCGUGUGAUAUGUGCCUAAAAACCAUAAGUGUUCGGUGCUGAAGCUGUAUGAGUUUUGUUUAUCCAUCUCUUCAUGAUAUAUUUAUUUUCUCCAUUGAGGUAUCUCAUGUCACCAACCUCUUAUGAACAAGCACAAUACCCAAUUUCUGCAAAAGAAAAAAAAACACAUAAAAACACAACAAAAACGCUUAUGCAUACUUGGUCUAAGGCAUGUAUUUUGCCCAACAAAAACUUCUUGAAAGUGCUAUGUCAGUGGACCCUUUCUUGGAAAACAUAUCAUUAGACAACUUGCAGGGUGACGAAGGUGGAAUGCUAUUGACUCGAGAUUAGUACCACAACUCAGUUGUUUAUGAAGUUUUUUCAUUUUAUUUGCUCAAUACACUGAUGUGCAGUGUGGAUCGUUAUUGUAUAGUGCUUCUUUACUGUCGAGAUACCAUUAUUUUAUUACAAACAUUGUUACUGUUGCAUGCUGUAUGUAAUAAUUCAGAUGUGGUCAUGUUAAGUUUACCAUGUGAAAUCAAGCUCGUUAAGAUUAUAUUUGUCUUGCUUAUUCUUCUCUGAUAUAUUAAUUUAUUGGUUUUGCACAAAUUGCACUUCUUGGCAAAUAAGUUCAUGUUGAAGGGCUUCAUUCUCAUUUCAUUGAUAUUUACCAUUCAUUGAUAUUUUUCAUUUGUUAAAAAAAAACUUUGUGUUCUAAAGUCAUUUAUUUUGAUACAGAAAUUUUUUUAUGGUUGAAGCCAAAGUAAGUUGUGGCCAAAAAGUAGCAUACUAAGGGGAAUUGAAUGAAAAGACUUAAUAAAAGGACUUUGGCAUCAACCUGAGAAGUGCAGACAUUUGAUAUUGCACAUAGAUAACAUUACAUCAGCCAGAAGCUAUAUUGAGACUUGAUAUUGAACUGUUAUAGAGCUUAACGAGCACCACAAUACAUAAUUUGAUACUUAUGUAUAUUCCUAUGUCUGUGUAUAAUAUAAUGUAAAUAAUGUAUCUAAAAACCAAGAUUCAAUCAUAUUUUUCCAUUCAGAAUAAAAGUUGGUUAAAACCUAAUUAUUUUUAUUAAAUGACAUAGCUCCCUAUUGUUGCAACACUACUUACUUUCAGUACCAAUUGAGGCUAAAAAUUUGAUAGUUUCCCCUCUCUGCUAUGAUUAUUUUUGUUGUCAAACUGUUAAAAUUCAUGACCAUUCUGUGUUAUUUAUUCUUUGUUGUAUAUAGAUUUUUAAGAGUCUAAAACUAAUUUUGUACUGUGUAAACGUUACGUCAAUUAUAGUAUAGUGUAUGAGGUUUCUCCUUCUAUGUACUUGUAGUGAAUUCAGUUAGAUGAGUCAUAACUCUGUUAGUUAACUGUGGCUCAUUUAUAUUAAAUACUUUCGAUUAGGGCUAAUGUAAUUUUAGAUGAACACUCACAUACUGUAUCUCAUACACUUAAUUUUAAAUUUGAAAGCCAAUGUAAUUACUUCUUGAUGGCAUUACUCAGGGGAUAUUUUGGCUAAUUCUUUUAACUUUGAGUUGAGCUGUGGCAUCUUGCUCUUAUUCUUCCCAAACCAUAGAGUAGUUGUUGCGGGUUUAUGUAGUGGCAUUGUUUUGACCUAGUCAGAUUUUAAGAUUGAAUGUGUCCAGAUGUUCUUCCUCCAUCGUAUUAACUAAUUCACCUUUGCUUAUAAUACAUCAUCAAAUUAUACGUCUCAUUCAUUGAAAUAAUUACGCACAAAUAUUGUUAUCCUCAGUUUCAACAUAAUGUUGAGUGAUUGUACCCA